UCUUGACAUCCCUAGAAUGUUGGAAAAAUCUCAAGAAACGUUUGAGAAUGAAAAGGAAGCGGAAAAUGUUGGAAAGAAGCACAAAACGAGAAAAACCAUUUGGGUGACGAAAUCGAUAGCAGAAGAAAUCGGAAGAGAAGCUGUCCUAAGAAGAUCUCUAAUCGAAUUCACGAUCUACUUUGCAUUUUUAAUUUUUUCAACAAUUUAUGUUAUUGAAAGCCAUUCAGAUAAUGGUUAUUAUUUGACCGAAGUAAUGAAACAGCAGUUUCUAGAGCAAGAAUUCAAUACUCUAAACGAUGUUUCAAUUACAUUCCUUGAUAUUAAAACGGCCGCUGAUGUUUGGUUUUACCUUGAAAACUCUUUAAUCAACACCCUAUUUUGGAGCAAUCCCUACGAUCUCGAUCCUAAACCGACUAUUGAAGAAAACGAAAUGAAUAUACUUUAUGAAAAUAAGAUUUUGGGUGUGCCUAGAUUAAGGCAGGUAAAAGUUCGCAACGAUUCCUGCACUAUACACAGUUACUUUCGCAGAUUAUUUACAGUUUGUUACAACGCGUAUUCCAAAAAAGCAGAAGACACUCAACCGUUCGGACCUGGGACAAAAACAGCUUGGGUCUAUAGUUCUUCGAGAGAAACGAAUAGUUUCUCGUUCAGCGGGAAAAUGUGCACCUAUGAGGGAGGAGGUUAUUACGUGGAUCUCGCUCAAACUAAAGCAGAGACUGUGCAAAUGAUUCAAAACUUGAAGGACGAGUUGUGGAUAAGACGUGGAACCCGCGGAAUUUUCUUGGAUUUUUCCGUUUACAACGGAAACCUGGACAUUUUCUGCGUUUGUAAGCUAGUGUUCGAGUUUCCUCCCACAGGGGCGGUAAUACCUUCGGCUAAAUUUCACAUUGUUAAGCCUUUUGCUAUUCGGAGUUUAUUCGAUUGGUUCAAGCUGGUAUCCCAAAUUUGCUGCUACAUAUUUGUCGCGUUUUACCUCCUGGAAGAAAUUAGAGAGAUGUUUUAUUUUAGAUCGAAAUAUUUGAGGAGAUUUUGGAAUUACAUUGAUUUACUCAUAAUAUUAUUAUUUACAAUCGGUUUAAUUCUGUUCGUGUUGUUCCUAUUGCAAGUACCAUCUUCUCUUGAAAACAUUGUUUCGGAUAAGUACGGUAAUUUUGAAUAUGUAGCGAAGAUUUAUCGCGCACAUUGCAAUGUAGUUGCUGUUGCUUUGUUUCUUAUUUAUUUCAAAGCUUUCAAGUUUUUAAAUUUCAAUCGAACUAUGAGCCAAUUGAACGAUACUUUAAGUAAAUGCGCUAUGGAUAUGCUCGGAUUUUCUUUGAUGUUUUUCAUAAUAUUCUUUGCCUAUGCUGAAUUGGGAUAUUUGCUCUUCGGCAAUCAAGUAGAAGAAUUCAAUAGUUUCCACAUAGCAAUGUUCACAUUACUGCGAACUAUUUUGGGGGACUUCGAUUACCAAAAAAUACAAGAGGCUAAUAGAAUUCUGGCUCCCGUUUAUUUUCUAUCUUACAUAUUUUUGGUGUUUUUUGUGCUACUGAAUAUGUUUCUGGCGAUAAUUAGCGACGCCUACGGUGAUGUCAAAACCGAGUUGAAUUUAGCCCCUAAAGAGAUGCAAAUGACGGAAUACAUAAGAAAGCAUUUCAGCAACUUCCUGCAGAAAUUGGGAUGCGGAAAAUGUCUGCCGAAACAAUUAGAAGGUGAAUAUGAAGCAAAUGUUCUUAUACAGGAAAUUCGAGAAAUUUUAAAAAAGUGCGGUUAUAGUGAUCUCGAAAUCGAAAUGUUUUUCUCAAGAUAUAACAUUGAUCCGUUAGAAGAGGAACGAGUUGGCGAAUCGAAGAAUUUUUUAGAAGAAUUGCAAGUUAAAUUGGAUGAUGGUCGCAUCAAAUUAGAGGAUUUUAAAAGUCAACAAGAACGACUGAUAAGAAUUGAAAGUUUAGUUGGUGAAUUAGUAAAUAAAUUAAAGGAAAUUCUUGAUAAAUUAGACUCCCUGUCGAAUGUAACGAAGGAAAUAAGACAUAAAUAA